AUGACAGGAACUAGAACUUUUUUUGUUGGUGGAAAUCAUAAAAUGAAUGGUAGUAAAUCAAUGUUAGAAUCUUUAAGUAAAGGAAUGAAUGAAUCAGUUGAAAAUAAAGAAAAUGUUGAUAUUUUCAUUGCACCAUCAUAUCCAUAUUUAGAAUUUUUAUCAAAUAAAUUAGAUAAUAAAAAGUUUAAAGUUUGUUCACAAAAUUGUUAUAGUGUUGCCAAAGGUGCAUUCACAGGUGAAAUCAGUGCUAAUAUGUUGGUUGAUUUAGGUAUUCCAUACGUUAUCAUUGGUCAUAGUGAGAGAAGAAAUGUAUUUAGCGAAUCAAGUGAGUUAAUUACAAAGAAAACAAAGUAUGCAAUUUCAUUAGGUCUCACAGUUAUCUUAUGUUUAGGUGAACUUUUAGCAGACAGAAAAUCAAAUAACACUGAACACAUCCUAAGUGAACAAUUGAAAGAUUUCGCUUCAUUCACUCCAGAAGAAUGGUCAAAGAUCGUAAUUGCCUAUGAACCAGUUUGGGCAAUUGGUACUGGUGCCGUUGCAACUCCACAAGAAGCUCAAGAUACUCAUGUUUUCAUUCGUAAAUGGAUUAGUGAAAAGGUUUCUGAAGAUGUUGCAAAGAAAACCUCGAUCAUGUAUGGUGGUUCUGUUAAUGCUGACAAUUGUCAUAACCUUUCAAAGCAAUCUGAUAUCGAUGGUUUCUUAGUUGGUGGUGCUUCCCUUGUUGCCAGUGAUUUCAUUGCCAUCAUUAAAUCUGCUGUUCCAAAGAAAUAUUGA